AGCAGCGGUAUUGAACAGCCGGCCUUAUUGUUGUGUCAUAGCAUUAAAACAAUAGCAUAACUCAAAUUAUAUAUCAACCUAUAAAUAUAAGGUUAUGGUUAUCUUUGAACUCAUUUGACACCAGUGUGCACUAAAUUGCUGAAGCGGCGUGACCGGAUCGAAAGCAGGUACCUAGCUACUAAAUACACGAAGGAUCUGAAGAAAGGCACUUAAAAUAGAACCGGAUACGUCGAUGAAAGCCGGAUGGAAUUCUUAUAAAAACUUCGUAACAACGUUUUUACGUUGAGUGGUUAAUUGACAGCUACGCAUAAAAUAUUACCAUUACAAUUAAAUGACCUUAGACUACAGGAAACGAAGGAGAUGGUAAUGAUAAUCCUAGAAUAGCGAUAUGCCCUACCCGAAACAUUCGGGAAAGCACGAUUAAGGUUUAAACGGAAAUUAUCGAGAAAGGUUUAACGUAAACUUGUAAUAAAAACAAUGAGCAUUUUAAGUAAAGUUAUUGAACAGGAUGAUAUGAACAGGAUUACUUCAGAAUUCUCAAGACUUCGAGAUAGAUGCUACUUAGAACAUGCUGGGUCUGCAUUAUACCCUCAAAGUCUUCUUGAAAGCAUAAAUGACGAUCUCAUGAACAAUCUUUAUACAAACCCACACACAGACAAGUACACCAGAGAUUGCGUAGACCAAAUCCGAUGUUUAGUUCUUAGGCAUUUCAAUACAGAUCCUUCGACAUAUUCUGUUAUCUUCACAUCCGGAACAACACAGGCUCUAAAAUUGCUUGUGGAAUCAUUCCAAUUUGGAAUUGAUGACAAUGAAGUGUUGAAUUGUGGAUCUUUUGUCUACACAAGAGACAACCAUACAUCAGUUCUUGGCCUUAGAGAAAUAGCUGUUGAGAAAAAUGCUGAUAUCAUACAUAUAAAUCAUGAUGAAUUCCUAAAUUCAUUACAAGGGUUUGAAACAACCCCCUCGAAAUGGAAGGAAAGGUAUAAAAACGAAGGCAACACUUUGCUUGUGUAUCCUGCUCAGAAUAAUUUCAAUGGAUUCAAGUAUCCUAUAAACUGUAUGGAAAAGAUUAAAGAUGGAUGUCUUAAUAGUUACAUAAAAAAACAAUUAUGUAAAGUUAAUUGUAAUUGGUAUAUUUUACUGGAUGCUGCGUCAUAUGUUGCUACAAACAAAUUGGACUUGUCACGAAUUCAGCCUGAUUUUGUUGGUCUGUCAUUUUACAAAAUAUUUGGGUUCCCGACUGGGUUGGGAGCAUUACUGAUAAAGAAUGGGAGUGAUAGUGUGUUGAAUCAGAAGAGGUAUUUUGGAGGUGGAACUGUGGAUAUAGUCCUAAGCAGCGAAGAUUUCCAUGUAAAGAGGGAAUCAUUACAUGAAAGAUUUGAAGAUGGAACUGUGCCUUUCUUAUCAAUAAUUGCCUUGAAACAUUGUUUUGAAAUGCUCAACAGUUUAAUACCGAAAGUAGUUAACAAUGAUGUAAUGGAAACAAUAUCAUAUCACACAUUUUUCUUAGCCAAAGACCUUUAUCAACAACUCAAGAAUCUCCACCACAAGAAUGGAAAGCAGGCAGCAGUUCUUUACAUGGAUUCAGAUUUUUCCGAUAUCCAUAAACAGGGUGCUACAGUUACGUUUAAUAUAAAAAGAGAAGAUGGCUCAUAUAUAGGAUAUGCUGAGUUCCAACAUUUGGCCGAGCUAUUCAGCAUAAGUUUGAGAACAGGAUGUUUCUGCAACUCGGGAUCCUGUCAGCGCCAUCUGAACGCGACGAACAAGGAGAUGAAAGACAUGUACAAAGCCGGCCACAAGUGCGGAGACGAAAUCGAUUUGGUGCAAGGGAAGCCCACGGGCGCGGUUAGAGCAUCCUUCGGAUACCACAACACGUUCAAUGACGUCGACAAACUCAUGGAAAUGAUACAUCAGUGUUUCCUAAAAACAAAAUUCAAGACGCCAAAAAGACUCAAAACCAGUUUCGAAAUUGUCAAACCACCUGACGUUGAUAAAAUCAUAAAUGGUGACAAAUCAAAAUUAAUCGAUGAUGAAUUUUUCCGAGACGUCGAAACUCCAUUUAUCAAGUCCAAUAUAACUUUGCAAGAAAUAGCUAUUUUCCCCAUAAAAUCUUGUGGAGCGUUCAAAAUAAAAUCUGGUUGGCCAAUAGGGAUAAAAGGAUUCAGGUAUGACAGGGAGUGGAUGAUCGUAAACGAAAAUGGGGUUUGCUUAACUCAAAAGCGGAAUACUCGGAUGUGCUUGAUAAAACCUGCAAUAGAUUUGAAACAAAAGCUUUUAAUUUUGCAUCACAAAGGACAACCGCCAAUCUCACUGCCAUUAAAUCCACCAAGCAACAAGUUGAAGGAGAAAUUCAAAUUCUGUCAAAGUAAAGUGUGUACAGACAUAGUACAAGGUUACGAUUGUGGGGACGUCGUCGCUGACUGGUUAUCGAAUGCUCUCGAAAUUCCAUUUCUUAGAUUAAUAAGACAAUCAAGUAAUGACAAAAGGAAAGUUAAAAACAAGUCGGAAAAGGACUUACUAGGGCUAAGCAACCAAGCUCAAUUUCUCUUAAUAAAUAAGGCUACAGUCAGAUGGUUGAAUGAUAAAAUUGAAGACCCCACUUUCAAUGAUAGCAUGGACCAGCUUACAGAUCGCUUUAGAGGCAAUAUAGUGAUCGAUAUGGAUGAAGAGUUGGUGGAAAGGGAAUGGCAGAGAGUGGUCAUUGGGAAACAUGAGUUCAAGGUGGAGGGGCAAUGUUCACGUUGUCAAAUGAUCUGCAUAGACCAACAGACCGGACUGAAGACUGUGGAGCCCCUAAGGACAAUAUCUCAGCAGUUUGCAGGGAAAAUGCGUUUCGGCAUAUACCUCACCUAUGUAGGCACUAUAGAUGGUUCGCGAGAUAACGUGUUGAAGGUAAACACAGCUGUGAAACCGUGCAGCAAUGAAGAUGACAUUAGCAGAUUCCAAGAUUGGUUUUAUUUAAACUUUCUAACUAACCGCUGUUAUCCGCGUGACGUGCAUAACACUUCAUGCAAACUAAGACAUAGAUUAAGGUGUGCAUGUAGAUAGGUUAUUUCUGUAAUUAAAAGUGUGUGAUCUAAAAUCAAAGAUAUACAUCUAACAAGAUACUGUACUUCACUAUUCAUAGACUACAGAAGUACAUGGUUUAUAUUGUAUAUACUGUCACUUCUACUCAAUAGAAGACCUGAAUGAAGUCAACAACAAGGCAAUAGCUGUGGCUGUGUAGCUUAAUUUAAUUUGUAUGCUAUUUCAACUUGAAAUUAAGAAGAAGAUUGUAUAUAGUUUUCAGUAAAGGCACUAGAAUUUUAAAGUGAAAGAGAUUCAUUAAUUUCAUAGGACAUUCAAUUAUAUUGUGUAUAUGAAAUUAAUGGAAUAAAAAUAUAUUAUAUAUUAUUUAUUGGUAUUUACUAUAUAUUAUUGGUAUUUUUGGCAACAAUUUAUGUAGGUAAAUUGUUGCCAAAAAUACCUGAAUCAAUUAGGAUCAUAUUCUUUGUGAAGAUUUUUUAUUUGAGCAACAUAUGCAAGCAGUUUUACUUGAGUAUAAACAAAAAGUUGUGUGUGUCCAAGCGUAUUAGAAAAAAUAAUACAAAUGACAAUAACAUGCUCAUAAAUUACACUGGUAUCUAGCUAGAUGUAUGUCUGUAUCAAUGUUAGUAAUUUGAAAAUAAUAGAACAAUUUUUAAGGUAUAACUAGGCAAAUAAAUGAUAAAUGAAAUUAUGUUUAAUAUAAUGUUGUUAGAAAUAAUUUUAUUUACACAAUAUACAUGUCCUACAAAUGUUUUAUAAGUUAAGUGCCACUUAACUGAGAUGUUUUAUGAAUAAAUUUAUAUUAUUGCACAGUU